UGCCACUGUGCCCAGCAAUAAAGUGAUUCUUUUCUUAUUAGACUAAGAAACUAAAGGAAAAGGAGAAGAAAGAGAAUGUGGGUGACUCUGCCACCAACUUUUGAUGAUUCUUGAUGAUGAAUUGGAGAAGCUGGAAAAAGCUAAAGGAACAUAGAAUUGAACAUACUUUUUAUUUGACUGUGAUUACAGUCAGGCAAAUAUUCCUUGAAUUUGUCUCUAAUUCAGCACUUCCUUAGUUAUUGUGCAUUAUUUGAAUGGGCUGUUGAGUUCUAAUGGGCCAUUAUGUAUAAUUUGUAAACGGCUAUUACACAUGGAGAGGACUAACUCAUUCAACAGCUAUUCAUGGAGUGCAGGCAUGGGAAUUGUAGGGUAAAUAAGAUAGGUGAGGUAUUUGUUUUCAUAGAAUUUACAUUCUCAUUGGGGCAUACAGACAAUAAAUACAUAAGCAAAGAAGUUAAGUUCUGACAGUAAUAAGUGCUAUGAAGAAAAUGAAACAGGUCUUGGGAUAGAGAGAUGAGCUGCGCUAAUAGGAGGCUCAGAGGAGGACAGGUAACUUUUUUUUAUAUGGUGGCUUUUUUUUUUUUUUAUGGAGUCUUGCUCUGUUGCGCCCAGGCUGAAGUGCAGUGGUGCAAUCUUGUUCACUCCGCCUCCUGGUUCAAGUGAUUAUCCCACCUCCGUCUCCCAAGUAGCUGGGAUUACGGGUGCCCGCCCAUGCCUGGCUAAUUUAUUUGUAUUUUUUUAGUAGAGACAGAGUUUCACCAUAUUGGCCAGGCUGGUCUCAAACUCCUGGCAUCAGGUGAUCCACCCACCUCAGCCUCCCAAAGUUCUGAGAUUACAGGCAUGAGCCACCACACCUGGCCACAAUGACUGGUGACUUUUGAACUGAAACCUAAAUAGUAGGAAAGAACCAGUCACAUGGAGAUGUGGGCCAUUACAGGCAAGGAGAAAAAUCCCAAGACCAAGGGCCUUGACAUGGUAACAAUCUUAGCAUGUUGAAGGAGAUGAAAGGAAGCCAGUAUGACAGAACUGCAGUGAACGGGGUUGGGGCCACAUCACGUAGGGCCUCAUAGGCCAUAGUAAGAACUGUAUUCUAAGUAUAGCACGAGACUAUUGGAGGAUUUUAAGCAAAAGAACAACAUUAUCAACUUUAUUUCUUGAAAUCGCGCUGAGAUUCCUUUUUCAAGGAAUAGAGUCAGUGAGGGAAAGGGGGAAACAGAAAGACCAGUUAGGAAGUUAUUACACCAAUCUAGAGAGAUGGUGGUAGCUUGCCUCAGGGUGGUAGCAGUGAAGCUGGCUGAAGUGAUGAAAUUUGGGAGGGAUAGGAUCAAUUGAGUUGCAGAUGGUUGAAUAAAAGGAUUAAGGGAAGAAACAGUGGAGGAGACACUGGGUUUUAUCUGAAUAAUUGGAAUGAUAAUGAGAUCAUGAGUCAAGAUGGGGAAAACUGGAGAACAGCAAAUUUGUAGAGUAGAGGUUGGGGGGUGGGGAACAGCAGAAUUGAGGUUCUGUUUUAGAUUUAUUAUGUUGGAUAGACCAAUCUGACAUUUGGGCAAGUAACUGUACACAAGAGUUUGGAAUCUGAGGGAAAGAGAGCUAGAGAGGUGAAGUUGAAUGUUACUAAUUUUAUAUAAAUAAUAUUUAAGGUCAUAGGACUGAAAUCUCUCAUCUUAGGAAACAAUGUAGAUAGAGAUAUGAAGACCAAGCUCUGGGACACAUCAACCUCACAAGGAGAUGGACCCAGCAAAGGCUACUUAAAAGAAACUGUGAGCUGGGGACAAAGAGAAAAACUCAGUAGGGUGUGGUGGCGUGGAAGUCAAGAAAAGGAAAGUGUUUACGGAGGCAAUGGUGAGCUGCGAUGAAUGCUGCUGAGGGGUCCAUGACAGAAACACAAAUCACUGACUUGGCAAGAGGUGACUUUGAUAGAGCAGUUACUGAGGAUGGAGAAGGAAGAAGGCUGAACUGCAGGGGGUUGAAGGGAGAAUGGGAAAUGACAAAAUGGAAACAGGUAGAAACAAUUUAUGUUUGGGGUUUCUGUCAUCAUUUUAGCUAGUGAUAUGGUAAUGAGGUAGGACUAUAAGCAGUAUUGCUAGAAAAACUCCCAAGUCUGAGGCUUUAAAAAGGUGAAUAAAAACUAAUACAUAUUCCUAGGAAAUUUGAUUGGCUGUGUUUGCUUGGGGGGAUGAAGUUUUCUUGGAGACACCUUGAUGAGAAUCCAUAAGGCCCUUACAAUUCUUGAAUACUAAUUUUUUGGAUCUGUUUCCUGUAGCUCUUCCCCUCAAAUUGAACAAAAAGCAAUAGUAAGAAAAACCCAGCAUUUAUAGGGCAGAUAGUAUGCAGUUUAAAGGUGUUUUUGCUCAUUUUAUCUUCAUAAUUUCUCAGGAGGUAGGGGCUGUUAUAAUCCCUUUUUUGAUAAGGUAACAUGACUCUUCUAAACUCCAGGUGACCAAUUGUUCAUUGAAAUCUUGCAGACAGGUGUGAUGGCUCAUGUCUGUAAUCUCAGCACUUUGGGAGGCUGAGGCAGGAGGAUCACUUGAGGCCAGGAGUUUGAGAGCAGCUUGGCCAACCUGGUCAAGUUGGUGAUUCUCAUGCCUCAGCACACAGAUAUGUGCUACCACAUAAAGACUCACCAGGUUGAGUAGUACCAGCUACUCAGGAGGCUGAGGCAUGAGAAUCACUUGAACCUAAGAGGUGGAGGUUGCAGUGGAGCAUCACUGCAUUCCAGCCUGGGGGACAGAGUAAGACUGUCUCAAAAAAAAGAAAAAGAAAUCUUGUAACACACCUGGUACUUGAGUUGGGUAGUGCCUUUGUUUUAGCAAAAAUCUUCAUUUUCUCUCUCUCCUUCUCACCUAAAUACCGAAUAGUAUGUUUAAAUAAUAGCAUUGGGAUUGGAACCCAGGCAGUCUGGGAGCUCCAGGCUCCUAGUCUUAACCAAUAUGCUAUCCUCUAAUACCAGACAAAUGGAAGGGAGACUGUGGAAGGGAAAAACAGAAGAUAUUUUAUCAAAUCAGUAUUGGUACAGAAUGGCAUAGAUGUUAUAAUGCAUUGAGCUAGAAUGGAAAAUUUUAUUCUGCAGACGCCUUCUUAAUGGUGUUUUUAAAUCUGCGUGCCAGUAAAGCCCACACUAAUGGAAUGCUAGUCCUCAAUAUUCUCCCCAACAUCCAUUCUCACUCUGCUAAUAAACUGUCCCUCAAAAUCAAAAGGAGAGUGUCACACAUACACACUUUCCUUUUGGAAAGCAUUUUGGUAUUUUUCUACCUGACAGCUAGGAAAACAGAUGGUUGAUUGAUUGGUUGCCUUUAUUAUUUUUAAGACUGCCUCUUAUUUUGUGUGUAGAAUUAGGGGCGUUUCCUGAGGAGUGAUAAGUCCCCAGGAGGAGACCUUAUCCUCUAAGGUAUAGAAAGGCCUAGCAGACAUUGAUGGCCAGGAAGUGCCCUAGACUGGAAUUAUUUUUGUUGUUCUAAUCUGAAAAUGACAACAUAGAACACAGCCAGCAGCAUACAGCAUUUUAUUAUGGUGAUGCAGCUUUAAUUGGUAUGUAGAGGGCAUGCCUGUGAAAUUAGUCCUUAGUAUAUUGGCCAAUCAGAUCACUUUCAACAUUUCUCAAUGUUUAGUUUCAUCUUAUAAUUAAAUAAUAAUCAUCACUUCCUGUCAGCUAAUGACUAGCUAGAAGAGUUAGAAGCUUCAUUAGGUUUGUAAUUUAUCAAACUGUAAGCUUUUCAUCAGAAGUGUUGCAAAAAGAAAAAGCAUCUUCGAAUUCCAAAAUUAUUCAAAACAAUCUCUAACCGUAUUUCAUAUAUGUAUUCACUUGUUCUUUGAAGGCUGACUUUAUUUUUUAAACUUUUAAAAAUAACUGUGUUUCAUUAUAUAAGCAGGAAAAAAUGUGUGACUUGGAGAAGGAAACAGAUAUAUUGAACUAUGUUAGCACAUACACACACACUCUAAAAGCAGAAUUGACAUACGGUGUUUCAUAUAACAAUCUUUCUGUGACAAUUCCACACCCUUUCCUGAGGCAGGUUUGACUAUCCAUUAAUUCCAGCAAUAGCAUCAUUGUAUUUACUUCACAAAUAUUUAUUGAGCACCUACUAUGUGUUUAGGCAUUAUCCUAAAUGCUGAGGAUACUGCAGGGGCCAGAGGAGGGUUGCGAGGAGACAAGAACAAAAACCCCUGUCUUUAUUAAGCUGAUAAUAUCAUCUUAAAGUUUCUGUCUUCAAAAUUACCCUGGAAGACUGCAAUUAGAUGUGUUCAAAGAAGCCAAGCUAAAGGUAGAAGAGGACCCUCACUGAACCAUGUGGCUACCUUGCCUCUGUCUUCUCAUCCAUAUGGCCAUUACAUAGUAGCUCCAGCUUCUGCUAACUCAAGGAUCACUCAGUGAUCAACCAUAUGUGGAGGAUUACAAUCCUCCUUUCUGUGAGAGAAAGUGAAAGUCUCUUUGCCUAGUUUGAGAUCUGCUUUCUUCUUCUUUUUGGGACCUGACAUGAGCUGGUCAUAAGAGAAAAACCCAGAACUAAAAAACAAUGGCGUCUAAUUCCAACUUGUUUCCUCUUGAGUUUCUAAUGGUUGGGGUAUUUAUUAAAUAAGUACGGCUUGAUGCAGAGACAUCCAGACCUACCAUUCAGGUGUGGGGUUCUAGAAAUGUGGAACUCAGGGAUUCUUCCAGAAGACUUCUGUCCUGCCUAAAUCAGGUCUGAAAGGCCUCUGAAGAAAUGGAACAACAGUCUGUGUGUACUCACCCUUGGUCUUUCAUCGAAGUUGCUCCUGGGAAUCCCUCGAAGAUAUUUUCUGACCACACACUCAUGAGUUCCUUGAAGUAGAGUAAUCUUAGGUGCUCAGAGAAACUCCGUGGUUCCUUCACCACAGGAGCAACUCGAGAUGUGAGGUCCUCUGGAUCAUCAGGGUUGGCAAAAGCACGCAGCAGAACUCCAGGAAAACUGCUGGCAUUUGGUUUGUGCUGUCAGAUCAAUCCUAGGAUUUCAACAGCAAAAAUACCCACCAUUGUCCUGUGUGAAAUCUGGGCGUUACCCUGGUGCCUCAUGUAAAGUUAGCCUUCUAGUAUCCAAACGAAUUCUCUUCAUGGUAGACUCUUCACAACCAAGAAUUGAACUUCCCAGCCCUCAUGCUACCAAAUCCAGUUCUCCAAGACGGCUCCUGGGAAUGCUUCUUCAUGUCUGAGCACCUUGCCCUCAGCAUGUUUCAUAAAUGGGUAGAAUGUGUGAUUGAUGGCCUUUUUAUUUUAUUGAAAGCUUGUUUUUUUCUGUAGAAAUUCUGAAAUUUCAAGAUGUUCUUCAUUACUUUGUCAUGUGACAAAUAUUUCAAGAAACACCCAGCUAUUUAAAAAUCUUUAGACAGACUUCAUGAAGGAAAGACAUAUACACAUCCUACUUGUUUAAUAAAUACUCCAACCAUUAGGAACUCUAGGGGAGAGAAGUUGGUAAUUAUUUAAUGAACUUUCUGUGUAGUCACUUUCAUGUAAAGUAUAGCUAGGGACUCAGACGGAGCCUUUCACUGCAGCCCUGAAAUUACUACCAUUAGUAAUGUAAAAUUACUUUUCCUAAUGUGCCUAGCAGUCUCAUUUGCCUAUACCACAGGUCCUCAAACAUUGUCUUGUUCAAUGUUGUUUCACUAUAAACUGAUGAGGAAAAACUGAUUUCCCGCUGGGGUCACUAUCUGUGUAGGAUUUACACUUUCCUCCCAUGUCUGUGAGGGUUUUCCCCAGGACUUGGUUUUCCUCCCACAUCCCAGGGACAUGCAUGAUAGCUGAUUGGAGUGUCUACAUAGUCCCAGUCUGAGUGAGCAUGGGUUUGUGUGUGAGAGCGCCCUGUGAUGGGAUGGCAUCCUGGCUAGGGUUGGUAACCACCUUUCACCCUGAAGCUGCUGGGAUAGGCUGUGGCCACCCACAGCCCUGAACUGGAAGAAAUGGGUAAAUAAUUAUCUUACUUACUUUAAUUAAUCUUUCUUAAAUGCAUACAUAAAUCACAUUUAUUUCAAUGAUUAAUAUUAGAAGUGCUUUGGUCUUUAUUUAGAAGUUUGGUGAUGUUUUUGUGUCCAGGAAUACACCAUAGAAAUUUAACUCUUGUUUCUAUCAAUUAGCCUAUGGUAGAAUUGGCUUAACUAGAAAUCAUUUUGCUUAAAGUCAUAAUUUUUAAGAACCUAUCAACGACAUUAACUGAGGACUUACUGUAAUUGCCCAAGAAUUGUAGCCUUUGAAUUCAUUCCUGGAUGAGAGAAAAGAUAUUUCUAUAAUAUAUACUCUUAUUUAAGAAACCAGGGGUUUUCCAAAGAAAGAAAAUAUCACAGUGCUUCUCUGUAUGAUCACACUGUAUCAAGAAAAGAUGGAUCCACAGAGGCUGAAGCAAAACUCUUGCAGAUGUAAUAGGUGCCACCUCACUGUUUCCUCAUUGUUUUUCUAGGUCUAAUGAAAACAUAAAGAUUGAGGGCUUGGCCUCACCCUGGUAAUAUGAUCAAAAAUAGAACUGUGGUAGUAAAAAUGAGAGCAUCAGAAGAAUCAUAUUCAGGGGAAGGACAGGCCUCAAAAAGGGGAGAUUACUCUGAGUAAUUCAUGCUCCUUUUCUCCUUUUUCCUGUGUGAAAUUCAGUGUUUCCUUUAUCAUUUUUUUUAGAAGAAGGCUAUGCUCAGGAUCUUUAGAAGCUGGUGGUAACUUUACAAUCACUGGCUCCACUAGGCAAUGAGAGACUUGCUAAAGGAGAAACAGACUAUGAAGGUAAAACAUUCUACCCAGAAUGGCCACUCUGCGUGCUUUAUGAAUGAAUCCAAGUUUUGGAAGUUGUGGGAAUGUGUUCAGUCGAAAUUUUUCAAUUGCUUGCACUGGGGAACCACCCUCAUCACUAGGCCUGGGGAUUAUGAACCAAAACCAGGGAUUCCAGCCUCUGAGUCAGGGCGAGUGCCUUGAAAGGGAGGAUGCAGGGAACUGGGCUCAGUGCCGCUCCUAAAAUACCGUUCCCCUCCUGGAGGUCAGGUCUGGCAGGGUUUAAUGACUCAAUUCAUGCAGUGAGUGGCAUCUUGGUAGCUCAAGGGAGGUAGGCAACACCAUUCAACACAAACUGGGAUUGAAGGUUGUUGGGUGGAGUGGCUAUGAGCUGGACACCUAAGAGGUUGUAGUCUCUGAGAGGUCAAAGAAAGCUUUUGCCAAGCCUGUCAGAUGAGUCAACAGAUAGAGACUUCCAUCUCUGUGUUCAUCCAUUCUAAUUUUUUAAUAGCACCAAAUAUAUAGAAAGUCCAGAAAUGAAUUAUCUGAUGUUGGGUAUUUAUAACAGAUGUUCGAUGGUUGGUUGAUUAGUGUUAGUUAUUUCCAGUGCAUGGGUUGCCUCUGGCAUAAGUGUUGAAUGAAACAAAUAAAAAAUAUUUUUAUAUAUACAUAUAAUGUACCCAAGAAAUUUAAAAAUAAAAGUAAAAAUAAAAAAAAUUUUAGUAAGCAGCAUAGCAAGACCCUGUUUCUACAAAAAAAUAAAAAAUUAGCCAGGUGUGGUGGUGCACAUCUGUAGUUCUAGCUACUCAGGAGGCUGACGCAGGUGGAUCGCUUAAGCCUAGAAGUUCGAGGCUGCAGUGAGCUAUGAUUGCACCACUGCACUACAGCCUGAGUGACAGAGUGAGACCUCAUCUCUUUAAAAACAAAUUUUUUUGAGUUAAAAUAUUAUUUCAAGAGGACCUAGUUAAAGGUUAAUUUUCUGGCAUACAAAGUGAGCAGACCAAAUGGGUUUAAAACUUUAACAGCAUGAUUCAUCUGGCAAGACCAUUCCUUUUUCUUUUUUCCUGCGCCUUUAUCUGCAAAGCUCUAAAAUGGCCUUAGGAAUAAAGCAAGGUAGUUAACAUUUUUAAAGCAAAUUCAAAAGCAAGACAGAAAUGAAAUGAUCCCUUCUUACCUGCAUCUUCCCCUGAUAUCUCUGUAGUCUGACCCUAGGGAAUGAGUGCUGUGUGGAUCAGAUCAAGAGAGAUGAUUGGUUUACUACUUCUGAAGACUCUGAAGCUUUUGCUAACCCUCAAAGUGACCUAACCUCUUGGGGACAGAGGGGCAUUUAGUCUUGAAUAAUAUAGACCAACCAAGAACUCCUAUGGCCCUGUAAGUCCUUACCCAUGUAGCUACUGAAGUGAGCUUUGGGGAGAGAGAACUGCCAUCCCCCCAGACAUUGUAAGGCAGACCCCUUGAGGCAGCCACAAGUCAACUGCUCACAUUUUUGGCUGGUGCCCCUCAGCAGACUAGCUCUAGUUAUAAGGGGAUGUUCUAAAUAACCCCAAUGGAACAAUCCACAGUCACUUACUAAGUACCUAAUAAAACCAUGUAUAACUCCCUCCUACCUACUCUUGGGUAGAUAGCCUCUGAAGAGCCUCUGGAUUCAUAAAAUUCACCCUGAAAUGAAUAUUUCUCCAAAAAGUACUUGGGGUCUCUUCCACAUACCCAUAUCUCACUUCCCUUCCCUUUCACGCCCACAGCAAGGCCUAUCACUGCAAACUGGCAAUGAGGCAAGGUGGCUGGGAGGUGCGCCUACCUGGGGGAGUUCUGUUGUUUUUAUAACCAGUGCCAGCUCUGAGUGUGUGGUGAGUAAGAGCCUCUUCCUCUUCCCUCUGGGCUGCCCUCCUCUCCCAUGCCAAUCUCAUUGCUGGCCUGUUGCAGAUAUGGUGGUAAGCAAGGGCGGCUGCCUGGCUCUGAUGCUUCCCAGACUUGGGUCUGCAAACUCAAGAAGACAACAAAAUGUAGAUGUGUGUGCAGACCCAGGCCAUGCAGAUAUUGGUGACUCUAACUUCCUCAGCUCAGAACACCUCACCUCUGGCCCCCAGCACAGGAAAGCAGCGUGGUCAGGAGGGGUUAAACUUCGGCUGAAGCACAGGCGCAGUGAGCCUGCAGGCCGACCUCACUCAUGGCACACAACUAAGUUUGGGGAGAACCAACCUGAUGCCAGCAUGAUGCAGAUAUCUCAGGGCAUGAUUGGCCCUCCUUGGCACCAAAGCUACCAUUCCAGCUCCUCUACCAGUGAUCUCUCCAACUAUGACCAUGCCUAUCUAAGGCGGAGCACUGACCAGUGCAGCUCCCAGGGGAGCAUGGAGAGCCUGGAGCCCAGUGGGGCAUACCCACCCUGCCAUCUUUCUCCUGCCAAGUCCACCGGCAGCAUUGACCAGCUCAGCCACUUCCAUAACAAGAGAGACUCGGCUUACAGCUCUUUCUCCACCAGUUCUAGCAUUCUAGAGUAUCCACCCCCUGGCAUCUCUGGCCGGGAGCGUUCAGGCUCCAUGGACACAACUUCUGCUCGAGGUGGCCUCCUCGAAGGGAUGAGGCAGGCAGAUAUUCGCUAUGUGAAGACAGUCUAUGACACCCGGAGGGGAGUCUCAGCAGAGUAUGAGGUGAACUCUUCAGCCCUGCUGCUUCAAGGUAGGGAGGCCCGAGCCUCAGCAGAUAGUCAGGGCUAUGAUAAAUGGUCUAAUAUUCCUCGGGGUAAGGGAGUGCCACCCCCAUCCUGGAGCCAGCAGUGCCCCAGUUCCUUGGAGACUGCCACUGACAACCUUCCUCCUAAAGUGGGUGCACCCCUGCCUCCAGCUCGGAGCGAUAGUUAUGCAGCGUUUAGGCACCGUGAGCGGCCCAGCUCCUGGUCUAGCCUUGAUCAGAAACGGCUCUGUCGGCUUCAGGCAAACUCUUUAGGCUCCCUGAAGUCUCCAUUCACAGAGGAGCAGCUGCACACUGUGCUGGAGAAGAGUCCAGAGAACAGCCCCCCAGUGAAGCCCAAGCAUAGUUAUACCCAGAAGGCCCAACCUGGCCAACCUCUGCUGCCGACCAGCAUCUACCCAGUACCUUCCCUGGAGCCACACUUUGCCCAGGUGCCCCAGCCUUCUGUGAGUAGCAAUGGGACUCUCUACCCUGCACUGGCCAAGGAGAGUGGAUACAUAGCUGCUCAGGGAGCGUGCAACAAGAUGGCUACCAUUGAUGAGAAUGGGAACCAGAAUGGAUCUAGCAGGCCUGCCUUUGCCUUCUGCCAGCCCUUAGAACAUGACUUGUUGUCUCCGGUAGAGAAGAAACCGGAAGCUACAGCCAAGUAUGUCCCCUCUAAAGUCCAUUUUUCUUCAGUGCCUGAAAAUGAGGAGGAUGCCUCCCUGAAGAGACAUUUCACACCUCCCCAAGGCAACAGCCCACAUCCCAAUGAGAGAAAGAGCACCCACAGCAACAAACCAUCUUCUCAUCCCCACAGCCUCAAAUGCCCUCAGGUCCAGGCCUGGCAAGCGGGUGAAGACAAGAGACCUUCCAGGCCCUCAGAGCCCUGGGAGGGCGAUUUCCAGGAAGACCACAAUGCCAACCUCUGGAGGAGGCUGGAGAGAGAAGGCCUAGGUCAGAGUCUAUCAGGCAACUUUGGCAAGACCAAGUCAGCCUUCUCAUCUCUCCAGAACAUACCUGAGAGUCUGAAAAGACACAGCAGCCUGGAGCUAGGCCGGGGAGCCCAGGAGAGUUACUCCGGGGGCAGGUCCACCUGUGCAGUCAACACCAAGGCGGAAGACCCUGGGAGGAAAGCUGCUCCUGACUCCGGGAGCCAUCUGGACGGGCAUGUUUCCUACCCACGGCCCGAGGGGAGAACUGGUGUCUCGGCAUCUUUCCGCAGCGCAGACCCAAGGCCCGAAGAACCGCCCUCCCCCUCGCACCCGCACACAUCCAGUCUUGGACGGAGGGGGCCCGGCCCAGGCAGCACCUCGGCUCUUCAAGGCUUUCAGUACGGGAAGCCCCACUGCUCGGUGCUGGAGAAGGUCUCCAAAUUCGAGCAGCGAGAGCAAGGGAGCCAUAGACCGAGUGUGGGCGGCCCCGGUUUUGGUCAUAACUAUAGGCCCCGCAGGACCGUCUCAACUUCCAGUACUUCUGGGAAUGACUUUGAGGAGACAAAAACCCACAUGCGUUUCUCUGAGUCAGCGGAAGCCCUAGGCAAUGGGGAGCAGCACUUCAAAAACAGGGAGCCGAAGCUGGAGGAGGCCUGCCGGCAGCCCUGCGGUCAGCAGCUGAGCGGAGGAGCCGUGGACAGCGGCCGUGGCCCGCAGAGGCCGGACGCUCGUCUCCUCCGCAGCCAGAGCACCUUCCAGCUCUCCAGCGAGCCAGAGAGGGAGGCCGAGUGGCAGGACAGGCCCGGCUCGCCCGAGUCGCCCCUGUUGGAUGCCCCUUUCAGCCGCGCCUACCGGAACAGCAUCAAGGACGCACAGUCCCGCGUUUUGGGGGCCACGUCCUUUCGACGCCGGGACCUGGAACUAGGGGCGUCUACGGCAUCGAGGCCCUGGCGGCCACGGCCCUCCUCGGCCCACGUGGGGCUGCGGAGCCCUGAGGCACCAGCCUCCGCCUCCCCGCACACGCCCCGGGAGCGGCACAGCGUGACCCCUGCAGAGGGCGACCUGGCCAGGCCGGCGCCCCCUGCCGCCCGGAGAGGGGCUCGCAGGCGCCUGACCCCCGAGCAGAAGAAGCGCUCCUACUCAGAGCCCGAGAAGAUGAACGAGGUGGGGGUCGCGGAGGAGGCUGAUCCGGCACCCCUGGGCCCUCAGAGGAAGGGGAUGCGUUUCCCGGAGAGCAGCGUAGCAGACCGGCGCCGCCUCUUUGAGCGCGAUGGCAAGGCCUGCUCCACGCUCAGCCUGUCGGGGCCCGAGCUGAAGCAGUUCCAGCAGAGCGCCCUGGCCGACUACAUCCAGCGCAAGACGGGCAAGUGGCCGGGCUCCGCCGUGGGCUGUGGCCUCCUGGAGCCUGGGCCACUGCGUGAGCGCGCCCAGAGCACAUACCUCCAGCCCGGCCCCGCGGCACCGGAAGGCCCUGGCCUCGCCUCGGCCUCCAGCCUGAGCUCGCUGCGGGAACCCAGCCUGCAGCCCCGCAGGGAGGCCACGCUCCUGCAGGCCACUGUUGCAGAAACCCUGCAGGCUCCUCGAGAUCGCAGCAGCUCCUUCGCAGGUGGCCGCCGCCUCGGGGAACGGCGACGUGGGGACCUCCAGGUCCCAAGGGAGCUGCUCAGUGGAGCAAACGGUGGAACAAGGGACACCCAGAGGGUGGAUGAGACCUCCAGGGAGCCACCCUCCUGGGGGGCCAGGGCCGGGAAGUCCAUGUCGGCAGAGGACCUGCUGGAACGCUCAGAUGUCCUCGCCGUCCCUGUCCACGUGAGGUCCAGGUCAUCUCCCGCCACUGCAGACAAGUACCAGGAUGUGCUUUUGGGAGAAGAAAAUGGCUUUGGUCUUGUCAAGGAUCCAUGUUAUUUGGCUGGCCCUGGAUCUAGGCCACUCUGUUCAGAAAGAGGCCAAGAAGAGACGCCAUUGCUCUCCCACCAUCCCACCCCUCGUUGGGGUGGUUCAGGCUGCAAAAACAUCGGUGAUUCCUCCGUUCCUAGUGAAUGUCCUGGAACCCCAGACCAUCAGAGGCAAGCCAGCAGGACACCCUGCCCCAGGCCACCACUGGCAGGAACGCAAGGGCAGCUCACAGACACCAGGGCUACACCCCUGACCCCACUUGGUACCCCUCUGCCUUCAGCCAUUCCCUCUGGCUACUGCUCACAGGAUAGUCAGACAGGGCGACAGUCUCUCCCACCCUACACCCCUGCCGUGACCCACAGAAGCAAUGGUCACACCCUGACCCAGCCUCCCGGUCCAAGAGGCCGUGAGGGCGACGGCCCAGAGCAUGGCGUAGAAGAGGGAAUGAGGAAGAGGGUCUCGUUGCCUCAGCGGCCGACUCCGUCUCAAGGGAAGUGGGUCCACUCAGCCAGAGAGGACAGCCUUCCUGAGGAAUCCUCAGCUCCUGAGUUUGCAGACCUCAAGCACUAUCAAAAACAGCAGAGUCUUCCAAGUUCAUGCAGCACUUCCGACCCAGACACGCCUGUUGGGGCCCCAAGCACUCCAGGGAGGAUCUCCCUCCGAAUAUCUGAGUCCAUCCUGUGGGAUUCCCCAUCACCUCAUGAGGAUUGUGACGACGAAGUGUUUAUGAGGGAUCUGCACCCCAAGGCCACAUCCAGCCCCACAUUUGAAACUCUUCCCCCACCCCCACCUCCUCCACUGAGUCAGGAAACCCCGGUAUAUAGCAUGGAUGACUUCCCUCCACCUCCUCCCCACGCUGCGUGUGAGGCGCAGCUGGACAGUGAGGACCCCGAAGGGCCACGCCCCAGCUCCAACAAACUUUCUAAGGUGACAAUUGCAAGGGAAAGGCAUGUGCCUGGUGCAACCCAUGUGGUAGGUAGUCAGACACUGGCUUCCAGACUCCAAACUUCUAUCAAGGGUUCAGAGGCUGAAUCCAAACCACCUUCCAGCAUGAGUGUGCAGCCGCAACUUGCUGGGUCUCUUGGUGGGCAGCCAGCACCCACCCAGACUCAAAGCCUCACCCAUGAUCAAGUCAAUGGAGCUCAGGGUUUAGAAAAGAAAGUCAGUUCUGAUCCUCAGAAGAGCUCAGAAGACAUUAGAACAGAGGCUCUGGCCAAGGAAAUUGUCCACCAAGACAAAUCUCUGGCAGACAUUCUGGAUCCAGACUCCAGGCUGAAGACAACGAUGGACCUGAUGGAAGGUUUGUUUCCCCGAGAUGUGAACUUGCUGAAGGAACACAGUGUAAAGAGGAAGGCCAUGCAGAGAACUGUCAGCUGCUCAGGAUGUGGAGGCAAAAGGAAUGAAGACAAGGAAGCAGUGGGCAUGCUGGUCAACUGCCCUGCCUACUACAGUGUGUCUGCUCCCAAGGCUGAGCUGCUGAACAAAAUCAAAGAGAUGCCAUCAGAAGUGAAUGAGGAAGAGGAACAGGUGGAUGUCAAUGAAAAGAAGGCUGAGCUCAUUGGAAGCCUCACCCACAAGCUGGAGACCCUCCAGGAGGCGAAGGGGAGCCUGCUCAUGGACAUCAAACUCAACAAUGCCCUGGGAGAAGAGGUGGAGGCUCUGAUCAGUGAGCUCUGCAAGCCCAAUGAAUUUGACAAGUACAGGAUGUUCAUAGGGGACUUGGACAAGGUGGUCAACCUGCUACUCUCCCUCUCGGGGCGUCUGGCCCGUGUUGAGAACGUCCUUAGUGGCCUUGGUGAAGAUGCCAGUAAUGAAGAAAGGAGCUCUCUCUAUGAGAAAAGGAAGAUCCUUGCUGGGCAGCACGAGGAUGCCCGGGAGCUGAAGGAGAACCUGGAUCGCAGGGAGCGGGUGGUGCUGGGCAUCCUGGCCAAUUACCUUUCUGAGGAGCAGCUCCAGGACUACCAGCACUUCGUGAAAAUGAAGUCCACACUCCUCAUCGAGCAGCGGAAACUGGACGACAAGAUCAAGCUGGGCCAGGAGCAGGUCAAGUGUCUGCUGGAGAGCCUGCCCUCGGAUUUCAUUCCCAAGGCCGGGGCCCUGGCUCUGCCCCCAGACCUCACGAGUGAGCCCACUCCUACCGGGAGCUGUACUUUCGGUGGUAUUUUCCCAACAUUACCCUCUCCACUUUAACCUCUUCUAAAAUACCCAACCAAAAGAUGACUGUUUCUAUCAACACUAUUUAAUCUGAAAAAUGUUUCAGUACAAACCACUGUUUGAACUAUCUGGGUUAUUGGUGUUUGUUCUGGAUGAAAGGAAAAAAAUUCUCUCCAGGAGGAAGCCUGUUUUUUCCUUCUUGCCCUUCCUGAUUGAUCUUCUGAGAGCUUGAAUGCUGCUGGACACAUACCCCUUUCUAUUAUUACUUUGUAGUAGAAAGUAAGUUAAUGAAACAGAACUGAUUGGAGGGUGUUUGAUCAUUUAGUCUUUAACAGGCUGAGGCAACAUGGAUCCGUGUGUGUCCCCCUCAGGAAUGUAUCCACAGUGGCCUUCCUUGCUGGUGGGCAGUGUAUCCUGAUGGCAGGGUACAAGUACCAUUAAUGAAGGGUCUGCAACAUAAAGCCUUAAAAAGACACACACUAAGAAGAAAUUGUAAAACCUUGAACAUUGUUAUUUAUAUUUUUUAAAAUGGAAACGAUCAUUGUUUGUUGUGCUAACCACUUACUUGAUUCUGUUUUGUGGUGGACGUAGAUAAUUACGUUUGAGCUUUGUAUUUUGUGAAAACCUUAAUGAAAUGAAUUCCAAAGAUAGUCA